AUGUACAACCAACCCAUCUACGCCGAGACAACACCAGAAAUACUCUACCAAUUCAUCCGCGAACACCCCCUCGGCAUCCUCACAACCGCAAUCCCAUCAACCCACUACCCCCUCCUCCAAUCCACCCACAUCCCCUGGAUCCUCGACCCUCCAAACCAAAUCCAUGGAUCCCCCAAAGCAAGACUCCGCGCCCACAUCGCCCGCCAAAACCCACAAUCCAAAGCCAUAAUUGACUCCCUCAAAGACUCCAACUCAACCUCCGGCUCCCAAUUAUCACAAGAAGUCAUGAUCCUCUUCACAUCCCCGCAUCACCACUACGUGACCCCGAAAUUUUACACAGAGACGAAACCAGUGACCGGGAAAGUAGCGCCUACGUGGAAUUACAGCACGGUGCAGGUUUAUGGUACCGCGACUGUGUAUUUUGAUCCCGAUGUGAAAGAGACGGGGGAGUUUCUGGAUAAGCAAUUACGGGAUUUGUCAGAUCAUUGUGAGAGUGAUAUUAUGGGGUUUACGGGGGAGGAGGGGAGGGAGGAGCCUUGGAGAGUGGAUGAGGCGCCGGAGGGGUACUUGAGGGUUUUGAAGAGGAAUAUUGUCGGGUUGAGUGUGGAGGUUGAGAGGAUUGAGGGGAAGGUUAAGAUGAGUCAGGAGAGGAAACGGGGGGAUAGGGAGGGCGUUAUAGAGGGGUUGGGGAGGUUGGGGACUGAUACAGCGAGGGAGGUUGCGAGGUUAGUCAGGGUUAGGGGAGAUAUGAGGGAUGGUCAUGGUGUGGGGGGGUGA